AUGUUCUUCAGAAGCUUACUGACAUUAUGUGUCGCAAUUAUUGUUGUCCAAUCGGUUGAUACUUCAAAGAUCUUACCAACUUACAAACAAUUCUCAGAAUCUAUCUCAGAAAGACUUGAAGACUCCAAAGUUUUACCAGAGUACUUGGGAAGCUGGAAACCAUUAGGCUCUUUUAUCAUCAAAUAUAAAGAUAGUGAAAAUCUUGAAUUGGGAAAUUACUUGUCACCAAAUCAAACUGAGAAUCCACCAACUGAAUUCACUUUCAAAUCAUUCUUUACAUUAACAAAACAGUUCAAGUCUGAUUUAUACUCAAUUGCGCUCACUGAUUUAGAUCCUGAUUAUGAAAAGGCUCAUGCAAUUUGGGAAAACAUACCUUUCAAUGAUGAAGAUUUUACAAUAGUUGAAAAUCAAAAGGAUAACGACACAUUUGAUACCACAUUCAACUUGACCAAUUCAAGAAAUUUAUUAGAGUAUCUAGGACCAGGUCCAAGACCAGGAACAGGAACACAUCGUUAUGUUUACAUUUUAUUUAGACAACCAUAUGGUAAAUUACCAAAUCAUGAAUUGAAAUUUAGAGAAAGAUGGGGUUCUAAAUAUUUAGAACAUGGAGUUGAAGAUUGGGCCAAUUAUUAUGGAUUGGAACCCUUAGCUGUUAAUUUCUUUACCUCAUCUAAUGAAGAUGAUGGUAACUAA